GGCAAAGCAAAAGGUCUUUUAGGGGUGGUGAGUCAUGCUGGGAAAGAGACAAGGGCAUUGCCAAAACAUAAGCCAUCUCCAUCGGCCUCCUCAGGAUGUCGCAGUCCCACAGAGGGUCAGUUCUCCUAAGACAAGUGAUAUUGGCCUGGAAGUCUUUAACGGCUCUACCCCAGAGCUUAAGUACAUUCACCGGCCCAGGCGCGAUAGAAGAGCCUACAAAGCUGAUUCCAAAGAUUCCCACGGAGGGGAAGGAGAGACAAAUACCUUCAUCCCUAGACCUGCAGAAAGUCCCCCGCCCCCAUGCUGUCCCAGUCUUUCCCAGGUCUGGAACACCUCCAAAGCCAUAUUCUGCUGCUUCAUAACCUGUGGGAGCUGCUUCAAGGACUGUCGAGCCAGCAUCUCAUACAACAGUACCCUGACAGAGGAUGGGAAGAACCAGGAGUGCAAUGGACGUUCAACUAACAGUCCAGCCAACAGCUCCCCCAAUGAAAAGAACGGUAGCCGAACUGGGAAGAGCACAAUGGGAAGCAGUUUUAGCUACCCUGAUGUGAAAUUGAAAGGGGUCCCGGUCCCGCUUUAUCCAAACCGGAACCCUAGCUCUGCCACAGACUCUGAUUCAUGUUACAAGGAACCUUUGCCAGAUAGGUUCCCUCAACCCAGCAUUGAGAAGCAGCCUGCCCCUACGAGCCACCGGAGCUCUGAGGAACAUUAUUCCUUCCACGAGUCCGAUCUUGAAUUUGGUGAGCUGAACAGCUCCAUGUCCAGUAGGGAGAUUGAUGGCCUCAUCUUCAGGAAACUCACGGAGCUUUUCAGUGUCCACCAGAUCGAUGAGUUGGCCAAGUGUACCUCCGACACGGUCUUCCUGGAGAAGACCAACAAGAUCUCAGACCUCAUCAACAGCAUUACUCAGGACUACAAUUUGGAUGAGCAGGAUGCCGAAUGUAGGCUGGUCCGGGGCAUCAUACGCAUCAGCACACGCAAAAGCAGGGUCCGACCCCGUGUCCUUGCCCCAAAUCUCCCAAGUUCAGGGGAGAUCACAAGCCGAGGCAACCCCCUUCAUAGCGGCAAUGAGACUAUGCUGGCAUCUGUCCUCACUAGUGAAGAAGAUUUACCUGUUCAGAUAUCGAUAGAAACUACAGCAGAUGUGCAAGCCAGAAACAUGAGGCAAGGUGCCUACAACGCAGCAGGAUCCCUGUUAAGUAGAGGUUCUUCUUUUCAAGAUACAGAGACAGACUCCUCUGGAGCCCCUCUGCUUAAAGUGUAUUGCUGAGAAAUGUGGACCUUGCGAAUCCCCAGAAGCAGUGAGGCCUUUAAGUCAGCCUCGCCAGAGACCAGUUCAGAAGUGAUGGAUAUUGGAGACUGAUGCAAGCCAUCAUCAACUGUGCCUUCCAAGGAAUACUUGAUUUCUCUUGCCAUUUUCCAAGGUUGAUCCCGCUGUAAACUUGCUUUAAGGUGAUCAUUGGUGCUUUUUGAUAAUUUCCUAGGCAAUGUUGAUCAGAUGUGAACAGAAGUGAUGAAGCAAUUACAGCUUUCUGGCUCCAUUAGGAAAUAAAAUUUGACUCAUGUAUAUAAAAAUGUCAUUUGGGACCAAUAAUAUUGAUAUAAAGAAGUGAGGUAUCA